AUAUUAAAAGAUUAGGGGGGUAAUCACAAAAUUUUAUAUCCUUUGCCCCCUUUUCCUCCCGGACGGCUCUCCCUCGUUCCCAAGAAGCCCUCGAAGCCAAACCCUAAUCUCGUCGAGCUCUGCGAAACUCUUGCCACCAUGGAUGAAGAGAACACGGGCCCAUUCCGCCGGACGUCAAGCCGGACCAAGAAGAUCGCCGCCAAGAUGGCCGCCGCUCUCGCCAGCACCGACAACCGGACUCAGGCAGCGCUUGCACGCCUCGAAUCUUUGGAAAAUGAUAACGCGGGGGCGGAGAAUGUGGAGAUUAAUGACGACGACGAUGCUUCUUUGGAUGAUGAUGAUCAAGCUUAUGUUCAAAAGAAACAAGCGAAGAAUAUGAAACGCAAGACAAGGCAGGCAAAAGCACUUGAAAAUGCAAAGAAAGCACCCAGGACAUUUACGGAGCUGUUACAGGAGGCAAACUUAGAGGCUUUGCCUCCACAUGUUCCUUCCUAUUUGAGAGCUGCAGUUGGCCCACCAAGCACAUCGUCACGUCGUCAUUUCUGCACUGUUUGUGGUGAUGCUGCAAACUAUACAUGUGUGAGAUGCGGAGUGCGAUUCUGUUCAUGUCGUUGUCAAGUUAUACACAAUGAUACUCGGUGUCUGAAGUUUGUAGCUUGAUCUUGACUUGCUCACUGCGCUUCUGUGGAUUGAGUUCAUACACAGGCCUCCUCAAGUUCAGCUUUAUCAGAAGACUGAAGGUCUGCUGUGCUUCUCUGCACACUGUAUCUAGUUUUUCUUAGAAGAAUGGAUAUGCUUUUCCGGCUAUUCCUUCUGUCAUGUUUCCAUUUUCAGAUACUUGUAGAAAGGUAGUUAAUCUGUCGGGGUCAGUUUCUAUAAAUCUGCAUAGCGAAAUAUGUGUCUUCCUUAAAAGAUAUAGAGAAGAAAGGAAGGAAAAAGCAAUCAACUCUGAUUGCAUUUGAUCUGUCCCAAGUUCCAUCAUUCUUGUUGCUCACGGUCGCCUUUUCUGAACUAUGGUUAACAUAUGUGCCUCAUUUUCUGUGAUUAUAGAUUGUUCAUAUCUUUGGGUCUA